GGCCACCUGGGGUCUGAGAGUCUGGACUACAUCACACAGAGGGGCCUGGCUGCUGAUCUGACUGGUGUAUCUCACCUCAAUUAACUUGCUGAGAGACUGUGUCAAACCAUGCUGCCUCUCCUGCUUCUCCUGGUCCUCCAGGCCACCUCUUCCUCUGAAGCGACCCCACACAGAGGCUCUGUUCCUGGGCAGGAGUCCGGCCGUAGCGCUCUUUCCGACCGGACCACCAGGAACAAGUUGCUGCUCAUCUCCUUUGAUGGGUUCCGCUGGGACUACGACCGAGACGUGGACACUCCUCACCUAGACCAGAUGGCCCUGGAUGGGGUCAGGGCAGCAUACGUCACUCCCCCCUUCCUCACCAUCACCAGCCCUACACACUUCACCCUGCUCUCAGGGCGCUAUGUUGAGAACCAUGGCGUCAUCCACAACAUUUGGUUCAACACCACCACCCAGGAAAAGAAACAGUACUACAUGACCCAGUUUGUGGAUUCAUACUGGGACAAUGGCAGCCUGCCAAUCUGGAUCACUGCACAGAGACAGGGCCUGAAGGCCGGCUCCCUGCACUUCCCCGGCACGGCCGCUAAGUACAGGGGUGAGGAGGUCGGGGUCAAACAGGUGGAGCCCCGAUUCUAUGACCACUCCAACGAGACAGAUUGGAGGCUCAACAUCGACAAGGUGGUGGGAGACUGGUUCCAUGGCCAAGAUCUGGACUUUGUGUCUCUGUACUUUGGAGAGCCUGAUCUGGCGGGACACGAACACGGCCCUGACUCUCCGGAGAGACGGGAGAUGGUGAGGCAGGUGGACCGGACGGUGGGAUACAUCCGGCAGAAGAUCCAGGCUUACGGCCUAACUGAACGCCUCAAUGUCAUCAUCACAGCCGACCAUGGGAUGACCACGGUGCUCCGGGGAGCGGGGGUGAAUGAGAUCAUCCUCUCCCAGAUCCCUGGGUUUGACUUCAAGGACAUCAAGUUCCAGCUGGUUGACUACGGACCAGCGGGGAUGCUGCUGCCCAAGGAUGGCCUCCUGGAGAAGGUGUACCUGGCCCUGAAGGGAGGGCACCCCAACCUUCAUGUCUACAAGAAGGAGGACAUGCCUGCCAGACUGCACUUUGGAAACCAUCCUCGCCUGCUGCCGCUCAUCCUAUUUGCCGACCCUGGAUAUGUUAUCAAUGGGCUGUUCCCAGUCCAGUUUAACAAGGGUGAGCAUGGCUUUGACAACAAGGGCCUGGACAUGAAGCCGUUCUUCAGGGCAGUGGGGCCAGAUUUCCAGAGGAACCUCCAGGUGGGACCCUUUGAGACUGUGAACGUGUACCCACUGAUGUGCCACCUGCUAGGCAUCACGCCCGAGAUCAACGACGGGGCACUGGAAGUCACCAGGAACAUGCUCCGCCCAAGCCCUGACCCUGUAGACUACCAGGAGAGAGAGGUAUUAUGGGAUGUGGUUGUGGGCUUGUCAGCAGUGGCCGGCUUCCUGGCUCUUGUGUUCUUCAUCAGCACAGCUCAGACCAUGUACAAGAGGAAUCUCCAGAGGGCGAGGCUAUUGAUGACCAAAAAGAUCACCAAAUAG